AUGGCGGACGGGAGCAGGUCCCCGGAAGAGGAGGAGGCAGCGCGGAGCCCGCGGCGCCGAGAGCGCAGCGCCGCCCUCAUGGAGCCCAACGUGCGCUUCUGGAUCAGCGAUCGCCAAGUACGGCCCGGGGCGGGGCCGCGGGACUGGGGGCGGGGCGGGGGCCGUGCCGCGGGGAAUCGGGGCAGGGGGCGCCCGGAGCUGCGCACCCGGGCUCCGCGACCUUGCGCCGGUCACGUGGCCCCCUGUGACAAAAUUGAGAAGCGGCAGGGCGUCCAACCUGUCCCUGAGAGCCAGGACACAAAGCCAGAGAUGUGCAGGUGGGGGCCUGUUGCAGCGGCCCAGCUGCUUCCUCCACCUGGGACCCUGGCUGCAGUAUUGAGCCCUCGCUGGGAGAAAAUAGAAAAGUUGAGACAACUUUUAUCAAUAGAUGAAGCCAGAGGAAGCGUGGAGGACAAGAAGAUGCAAGAGGCUUGGAAGAGAAGUCUUUCAACCGUGCAUCCUGACAAUAGCAAACUGAUCCCUGCUCCUUUUCGACCUGCAGCUUUCCUGCCUUUCACAGGGCCCAUGGUUUUUUUUUCGAUGAUGCCAUCAAAAGGGAUAAAGUCCACGAUUUUGCCUCAGUUUUCGCUUUAUACCUAUACCACGGCCUUCAACAUUAUCAAUGGGAACACGAGUUCCCAACAUCGCCCACAAGAGAGUCUACUCCUAGGGGCGGGAGUAGUUGUGGCUUCAACCUUUAUUGGACCCUCGGCCAUCACCAGAGCCUCCUGGUCCCUCGUCCACGAUGUGGCCGCUGACAGCCACUUCUUGCAGCCUGCCAGCUCCCCCAGGCCCGAAUUCGGUCUCGGGAGGAUGGAGUCCAUUGGGUCGGGCCUGGCCCAAACGAGGGGCAUGGUGGUCAUCACGGUGCUGCUGUCGGUUGCCGUGUUCAUCCUGGGUGUGGGUUUCAUCAUUGCCCUGGCACUGGCCCAUGUCAGCGGGGUGAACGUCCUAGCAUCCCGAAGUUUGGAGCCCGCACGAGGCAUCAGGGUCAUGGACAAGGAAGGCAACGUCAUAGGCUAUUCCAGAAGAGCCGGGGAAAAGGCCGUCAAAGAAACUGCAGUAUCCAGAACGGUGCUGUUUGGGACCGCAGCCUGUGUCACAGAAGUCUUGGUGUACUUCUUCAAACGGACCCAGUUCUUCCUGCAGCACCCCUGGUCCCUGUGGACUGUGAAGCUGUCCUGCAGCAUCCUGGCCUUGGGGCUGAUGGUGCCUGUCUCCUUUAGCAUGUUCCCACAGGUUAGACUGAUACAGUGCAGUCAGCUUGAAGAGGAAAUUCAGUCUUCAACAGAAGAAACAGAACUCUUCUACAACAGGGGGGUGUAG